AUGGCGACGAACGCAAGUAACCACUUGGACUGCAAUGAGCCAGAAUUCGCGAGCCGUCGUUCUUGGUAUUCACCAGAAACAGGAAUUUACACCAGCAAACACGCUCCGGUGGAGCUUCCUUCAGACCCAUUUCUUGAUGUUGUUUCUUAUAUUUUUUCUUACCAACACAAUGGGGAUUUAGCUCUCAAAGACUCUUCAUCUGGAUUUUCAAUUUCCUACUCGGAACUGUUUCCUUUGGUGAAAUCCAUGGCAUCUGGUCUCCGCAAAAUGGGCGUUUCACAAGGUGAUGUUGUUCUACUCUUAAUUCCUAAUUCCGUUUACUAUCCCAUUGUUUUCUUGGGUGUGUUGUAUCUUGGCGCAAUUGUCACACCGUUGAAUCCACUGAGUCACAUCUCGGAAAUCCGUAAGCAAGUUGCUGAAUGUGGUGUGAGUCUGGCUUUUACUUUACAGGAAAAAAUUCGAAAGCUACAAUCAUUGGGCAUUCCACUUAUUGGGGUUCCCGAAAAUAUGAAGGAGUUGAAAUGCUCUGAUUUCUCAGUUUUUUAUAACCUUGUUUCUGGUAGCUCGGAUUUGUUUCCAAGGCCGGUAAUUAAACAAGAAGACAGGGCAGCUAUAAUAUAUUCUUCCGGGACGACAGGUGUCAGCAAAGGUGUUGUUCUAACGCAUAGGAAUUUUAUUUCCAUGGUCAAGCUUUUCGUGAGGUUUGAAGCUUCUCAAUAUGAAUAUUCAAGCUCGAAGAAUGUGUUUCUAGCUGUUCUGCCAAUGUUCCAUAUAUAUGGCUUAUCACUCUUUGCAACAGGAUUACUGUCUCUGGGCUCUAUGGUUGUUGUAAUGAGAACAUAUAACACUAAUGAGGUGAUUAAGGUGAUUGAUAAAUACAGAGUCACACACUUCCCCGUUGUUCCACCAAUAUUGACGGCGUUGACAAAAGGGGUAAAUGGUAUGAAUAGGAGCUACCUGCAAAGUUUGAUCCAGGUCUCCUGUGGGGCAGCACCUUUGAGUAUAAAAACUAUAGAGGACUUCAUCCACACUCUCCCUAACGUUGACUUCAUACAGGGUUAUGGAAUGACUGAGUCAACUGCAGUAGGAACACGUGGCUUCAAUACUGAAAAGUUUCGAAAUUAUUCUUCUAUAGGGUUGUUAGCUCCCAACAUGGAAGCAAAAGUGGUUGACUGGAAUACUGGUGCUUUUUUGCCUCCAGGCAGUAGUGGUGAGCUUUGGUUGAGAGGCCCUUCAAUUAUGAGAGGAUACUUGAAUAAUGAUGAAGCGACAAUGUCAACAGUUGAUAAAAAUGGUUGGCUACACACUGGUGAUGUUGUUUGGUUUGAUCAAGAUGGAUAUUUACAUUUGUCUGACCGAUUGAAAGAUAUUAUCAAAUACAAGGGCUAUCAGAUUGCUCCAGCUGAUUUAGAGACUGUGCUUCUUUUGCAUCCUGAGAUAGCCGAUGUAGCAGUUGCAGGUGUCAAUGAUGAAGAAACUGGGGAGAUGCCAGUGGCAUUUGUGGUCAAGAAAGUUGGAAGUGCCCUCUCUCAGAAAGCUAUCCUGGACUAUGUUGCUCACCAGGUUGCUCCAUACAAGAAGGUGAGGAAAGUGGUGUUCACUGACUCAAUACCAAGGUCAGCUGCUGGGAAGAUUCUCAGAAGGCAACUGAGGAAUUGCUUGACUUCUAAACUCUGAGAUGUCUUUCUCGGAUUCCUUCCGUGCUUAAAAGACUACCCGGCAAAAAUAUUUCUGAACAGAACUUCAUCAAGGCACAUAACACAUUUUUUCUUAAAAUAAUCUUCCACAGACUUUUGCCCUGCAUGAGUAUUGUGCUGAGAUGUGGCCCCGGAUUACACGCCACUAACUUGUUCAUCUUCAUCGUUGAUUAUGAAAUAGAGUUGUCCAUUUUGUUUGUUUAUUUUCUUCAAUUAAGAGUAAUAACAUCGACGUUGUUCUAUUACUACUAAAAUUUAUUAGACUUUAUAACAAAGUGCAAUUUAAUUAUUUAUUUAUUUUUUAAAAAAGUCUUUCAUUUCUGCUCA